AUGGGACGGAAAACGCGCGCGUCGACCAAGCGCUCGGUGCUCGCGCUCGUCGUCAUCGCCGUCGUCGCGAUGUUGGCGACGCGAGGGGCGGGCGCGCGCACGGGGGCGGUCGGGACGGGUGGAUAUCGCGGGACGGGCGAACGGCGGUCGACGCUCGAGGCGACGGACGCGACGACGGACGGACGAAGCGAUCGAACGAGGGACGAUGAGAGAUCGACGUUGGGUGACGCGAAGUUUGAUACGAAUGACCGGGAUGGUGACGUGGAUGAAGAUGACGUCGUGACGGGAUCGACGAUGAAGGCGUCGGACGCGCGCGCGGCGAAGGACGUCGCCGAGGUGGACGUGACGGAGACGCCGAGGUCAAAGUACUCGAAGGAGGAGACGGAGACGGAGACGACGACGGAGACGACGACGAUGAAGUCUGCGACGUUGGCGAACAAGUCGACGUCUUCCGUGCUUUCGGCGACGAAACUGACAUCCGAACCGGUCGGACGCGGUUCCCUCACGAAGUCCUUGCCGGUGCCGAUUCCCAAGGCGACGCGUCUGCGCGUCUUGGUUACCGGUGGCGCCGGUUUCGUCGGCUCGCAUCUCGUCGACAGACUCAUGGAGCGCGGCAACAUCGUCAUCGUCGCCGAUAACUUCUUCACCGGUCGCAAGGAAAACAUCAUGCACCACUUACAAAACCCAUUCUUUGAGCUCAUCCGACACGACGUCGUCGAGCCGAUGCUCGUCGAGGUGGACCAGAUUUAUCAUCUCGCGUGUCCGGCGUCGCCGGUGCACUACAAGCACAACCCGGUGAAGACGAUUAAGACCUCUGUCAUGGGCACGCUGAACAUGCUCGGUCUGGCUAAGCGCGUGGGCGCUCGCAUGCUCCUCACGUCCACGUCCGAGGUGUACGGCGAUCCGCUCGAGCACCCGCAAAAGGAAUCGUACUGGGGUAACGUCAACCCCAUCGGCGUGCGCUCGUGCUACGACGAGGGUAAGCGCGUCGCUGAGACGCUCUGCUUCGAUUAUCACCGCCAAGAGGGUGUCGAUAUCAGAAUCGCCCGCAUCUUUAACACGUACGGACCCAGAAUGGCUCUCGAAGACGGCCGCGUCGUCUCCAACUUUGUCUCCCAAGCUCUCCGCGGCGAGCCGCUCACGGUUUACGGCGACGGUAAGCAGACGCGAUCGUUCCAAUACGUCGAUGAUCUCGUCGCCGGUCUCAUGGCGCUCAUGGAUAAUGAGAACGAGAUCGGACCGGUGAACAUCGGCAACCCGGGCGAGUUCACCAUGCUUGAACUCGCCGAGGUCGUCAAGGAAGUCGUCGAUAAGAACGCGAAGAUCGAGUACAAGGAAAACACGGCGGACGAUCCGGGUAGGCGUCGGCCGGACAUCACCCUCGCGAAGAAGACGCUCGGGUGGGAACCGAAGGUCACCCUCCGCGAAGGCUUGCCGAAGAUGGUUGAAGACUUCCGAGAGCGUCUCAACCUGGGCGCGGCCAAGGCGUCUGCGACCGCGACCGCGACGACGACCGCGACGACGACGGCGACGGCGACGAACUGA